GCAGAGCUAUAUAAAUGCGCUCGCCUCCUGCCUCUGAACAGUAAGCGCGAGCUUGUCUAGACAGAACUUUAGCUGCAGUUCUGAUAGUGGAUUGACGCCUUUACAGGAUAUACUCUUUUUCCAGUUCUCUGUUUUGGAUAUACCAUCGGAUCAUACUAAACAUGCCUGUGUCCAGAAUGCGCAUGCGACCCUGGCUGGAGAGCAGAAUCGACUCCAACACCAUCGCUGGACUCGUGUGGGUCAACAAGGAGGAGAAGAUGUUCUCCAUCCCGUGGAAACACGCCGCUCGGCACGGCUGGGAGGUGGAUAAAGACGCCUGUCUGUUCAAGCAGUGGGCCAUUCACACAGGUAAAUACAAGGAGGGAAUCACCUCGCCCGACCCCAAAACCUGGAAAGCCAAUUUCCGCUGUGCCAUGAACUCGCUGCCCGACAUCGAAGAGGUGAAGGACAAAAGCGUCAACAAAGGCUGCGGCGCGGUGAGAGUCUACCGCAUGCUGCCCGCCGUCACCAAGAAGAAAGUCAAGAGAUCCAGGAGCCGCGACAGCCGCAAACGCAAGAUCAAGAUCGAGGACACUGACGCUCACGAGAUUCAUUCAGAAAUGACCCAGGAAAACACCAUCGACAGCACCGUGAAUCUAGGCACGGCCAGCCCCUCCGAAGACGCCCCCGCGUACGAGGUUGAAAUCGCAAACUGUCCAGAAGACAUGUACACCAGCAAGUUCCAGGUGUCCCCGGUGCAUUCGACAGACCUGGAGGAGAACGAAGCUAUCAUCGAGAUCUCACGGCAAUUGGAACGUGAUAGUACGCAGUGGCUGCAGAGCAAUUUCUUUGGAAAGGGGUUCCUGGCCAAUGAAGUAGCCACAACAGAAUCUCUGAGUCCAGAGAGCCAGUGGAGCGAAAGCUCAGGAGAGGAGCUCGAGUUUCGGCUUUACACUGAACUGACCCCAGACGAAUCCCUCUGCACCUACACCGAGCUCUGGAACAGCAGCUCCAUGCCACAGACCAUGUGCCCUCUCUGAGAGCGCUCGUCUCGUACCUCGGACUCUGUCUCGCCAUGGACACUGGACUCUGAUCCGCACACUCAACCUCGUACCUCACUCAUUCAUACAUCUGGAUAUCGGCUGUCGCCAUCCCGCCGGGACGGACGGUCAUUUCUUUGUUCUCGGAAAAGUAAAGUGUGAUGGGUUUUCACUGAAGGAUCUUCCAGAACUGACACUAGAUGACGGAUUGUGGCUUUCACUCCAGUCGUUCAACUGUGUGACCGCAUAAUCUCAUGUGAACUGGACCGAUUCCGUUACCUGCUCAUCAUGUCAGGGCUUUCCUCACCCAUAGGAUAUAUAUAUAUAUGUAUAUGUAUAUAUUCAUUUUACACAUGUAUCUGAUGAAGCUGUUAGUCUGAGUUUGGGAAGGGGUUCUUCACUGUAUAUACUGUAAAUAUUUAUUUGUAAUAAAAAAAAACAAAAUGAAUUGA